AUGGCUCCCUUUAUCACUCUCCGUCUUCGAUUUCCGACCUCGGUCAAAAUGGAGAAGAGGGCAUCACUUCCCGCUCUGCUCGAAGCCGUCAAUGCUGCUCAGCAACAAGAAACGGCCACCCUUGCAGCUCUCCUCGACGCCGUCAACGAUGCUGCUAAGCAACUCGAAACACAACUAGUCCUGGCCAACGACCCAGCAUCGUCCGCCCACCAUCCUAUCAGGGCAAAGAACUCGCCCAUCCACGCGAAGGACCCCUACGAGACGGAAGACGAAUACAGCAGCAAGAACGAGUACAGCAGAGAGGAGAAACACGCUGCGCAGGCACUGCUCGAUCUACCUGUAGAUCGACGGUCUAGAUUUCCAGCUCAAAGCCUCGUAGACGACUACCGACAUGUGCUCGAGCUCCGAGUUCCUACACCACCCCAGGAAUCGGCAGAAGGAAAAUGGCGGGAGAUAAAACAGGAGAGGCCAGCCAGACUCAGUGGAGGUAUGGAAGUGGAGGUCAGCACGCUGUCGCGUACACUGUCGCCACAAGGUUCUGGAUUCUGCGGCCCACAAUAUCCAGACAACUGGCUACGCUACAGCACCGACCACAAGUAUGGCGUGUCCAUUAAGGAGGCUACUGUCCCUCCCCUUGGACGCGAGUAUGCCCGACGAGAAGACACAGGAAAACUGAUACCCCCAGAGAACGUACGCGAGGUGCUCAAACACGGAGUACCAACUGCUGCAUGGGACAUCGCGCAGCUGGAGUUAGACGACCCAUGGGAGAAGAAAGACUACUGGGCACAAGACGCAGAGAAGCGGCUCAGAGCGAAACAGGCGAAGGAGCGCCGUAACGGUGCAAAGCAGCUAUCUGGAGCAAGAGUUCACGUCGACGAGAUGCAUAACAGGGAGCAGGAGACCCUAGGAACGAAGCGAGAGCGGAAGCGGAAGAAGCACUUCAGCAGCGUGGACGAGGACAAGGAGAACGAGAGUCCGAUGAAGAAACUGAAGCGAUUAUGGCCGAAGAAGCUGGAGCGAUGGCCGCCGGAGCGGCAGUGA